GAGAGAAAGAGAGAGAGAAACAGCAAAGACAGAGCCCUGCCCACUCCCACAAAACCAUUCAACUUGAGCACAGAGAGCACUCCCAGACCUCUACAGAGAACUCCACUUCCCUGGGGUAACCUUCUGAAGACGAUUGCCCUUCCCACACAAAACUUCCCAAAGGACCAGCCAUCCUCUCCGCUCCAGCACUGGCAAGACCAUCUUCUGUCCACACAUCUCCUUCUCCAUCCAUCUCUCAUUUUUCAAUACAAGGAUUAUAUUUUUUUGUUCCUUCAGUUUAAGGUGUCACUUUUAAAAAACUUUUAGUCCAAGUCUUAGUAUUUAUUUGUCCAGAGUUUUUAAGUAUACUUUGUCUGGAGGAUUUCCCCCCACUCCUCUUUUGGCAGGAGGACCUACACUUUUUCCGCCAAUCAUCAUUUCGCCUGCCAGUUGGUGUGUGCUGAGUUGCUCUUAGUUGUCCGGACAGCAGACCUCGUCUCAUCAAGGAUGUCUCCUCUGCCCCUGCUGAGUGGGAUUCUUCUGCUCUUUACCCAUAGCUGCGCCGGUGGCAGCUCUUUGCCCAUGGCGGACUCCUUAGCGAUGGGUGGUGGCCAGACCCCACCACAAACCCAGUCCCAAUCCCAGCUGGCACCGGAGGUCACCAACUGUCCGUCAUGUGCCCUGGCACGGCUAAACGAGGAGGAGGACGGCGGCAAAACCGACGUGGUGGAGGCGGUGAAGAGGCACAUUCUCAACAUGCUGCACCUGCAGGCACGGCCCAACGUCACGCAUCCGGUGCCCCGCGCUGCUCUGCUCAAUGCCAUCCGCAAGCUGCAUGUGGGACGCGUGGCCGAGGACGGCAGCGUCCAGAUUGAGGACGAGGGCCACGGGCGUCUCGACCCCGCUGACAUGGCCGAGACGACUGAGAUCAUUACCUUUGCAGAGGCUGGCGACUCCCAGGGCGCGGUCAACUUCCUCAUCUCCAAGGAGGGCGGCGAGCUGUCUCUGGUGGAGCAGGCUAAUGUAUGGAUCUUCCUCCGGCUAGCCAAGACCAACCGCAGCCGUGCCAAGGUCACUAUCCGCCUGCUGCAGCAGCACCGUGGUGGAGACGGCCGUGAGGAGACGGCGCCUGUGCCGUUGGCUGAGAAGGUGGUGGACACGCGGCGCAGCGGCUGGCACACUUUUCCAGUCUCGGCCAGCGUCCAGGCCCUGCUGAAGCGCGGCGGCAGUACACUCAGUUUGAGGGUCUCCUGCCCGCUGUGUGCCAACGCUGGCGCCACGCCCAUCCUGGUGUCGGCCAGCAGCGGCCAGGAGCGGGAGCAGUCCCACCGGCCCUUCCUGAUGGCAGUGGUGCAGCAGGGUGAGGGCGGUGAGCCACGGCAGCGCCGCAAGCGGGGCCUGGAGUGCGACGGCAAGGUGAGUGCCUGCUGCAAGCGCCAGUUCUACGUCAAUUUCAAGGACAUUGGCUGGAGUGACUGGAUCAUAGCGCCAGGGGGCUACCACGCCAACUACUGCGAAGGCGACUGCCCCAGCCACGUGGCCAGCAUUACAGGCUCCUCGCUGUCCUUCCACUCCACUGUCAUCAACCACUACCGCAUACGGGGCUACGCACCCUUCCAGAACAUCAAGUCGUGCUGCGUGCCGACGCGGCUACGCGCCAUGUCCAUGCUCUACUACAACGAGGAGCAGAAGAUCGUCAAGAAGGAUAUCCAGAACAUGGUCGUAGAGGAGUGUGGCUGCUCCUAAAAGCCUAGCGGAACUAGAGGGGCUGGGAGGUUGGUCUCAUGCCCAGAGAGAAAGAACUAAAUGAAAGAAGAGGAGGUAGAUGAAGGAAGGAGAAUGCAUUGAGUCACUGUUCUUCUCCCCUUCUCCCUUUAUCUCUCGCUCUCUCUUAAGCGCAUGACACUUGUCAAGACCGACUCCUUUUUGGACUUGAUGACUGGCUUGUUGUCCGGUCGUCGGCAAGUCCAGGGGGUAUCUACAACUCAGAGAAGUCUCUGCGGCACUUUCAGAAAAAAAAAGAAAAUAAUAUUUAAUAUAUUUUUGUUACAAAACAAAGAGAGUGAGGUGAGAGGAUAUUUAUGUGACCCAGAUACAGUGUAGUUGCUCCUUUAAUGCACUGCAAGACGAGAGACCAUGCGAAUGAGGUGCCUGAAAAAUCUCAAAACUAUGCAACUUGUCAAGUAUUACGAUUUGUAUUUUUAUUUUGCCUGUUUCAUUUUCUCAAUUGUUUACUUUUUCAAAACAUAAAAAAGGAAAACUUUUUUAAA